UGGUGGACAUGAGAAACAGUUGUCAAGAUGGCAGAAAUGUGACAGGGGGAAAGUAUUGCAUCUUCUGUACGGAGUCUUCUCACGGACGUGAACUGCACACAUACAUACAUGUAGUUAAGUGUGAUUUAAGCAUGAUUUCAGGGUCUUUGUACGCGUCACUUGCGGGUUUUUUGGGUGCCGUCGCUUCUUUGUCUGCCAAGCUGUCCCUCGGUGCGGACUACCUGAGAGACAUGUGUGCGUCAGUGCUGAGCAGACAUGGUGCGGCUACAGACUGCGACUGGCUCCACAUCCCAUUGCGGCUGCUGUGUGGAGGCCUGCUAUUAACCUGUAAUGCUCUCAUGUGGACCUUCUUCUCCAAGGCUCUCCGACACUGCUCCUCCUCAGCCAGAGCCACAGUCACUACCACUGCAUUGAACUUCAUCUCUUCAGCUGCCCUGGGGAGGAUGAUUUUUGGAGAGACCCAUGGAGCUCUCUGGUGGGUGGGCAUCUCCCUCACUCUAUGUGGACUGCUGGUACUUUAUGAAUCCACAUCUCAGACUGUCCCACAGGAGGAGGUCAAAAAGGACUAGUAAUGUAAUGAAUUUGCAUCCCAUAAGUGUGCAGCCUCUGUUCUGCAGUUGCACUCUCAACAUACUGUGGCAAGACUCCCUCUCAGACACUACUAUGACUCAUGUGCAUAGCCUAUGGUAGUGACAUUAGCAGGAUUUAAUGUCAAUACAUUUCCAUCAGUCCAAAAUUCAAAUAAACUUUGAAUUAUUCAAUGUAGGACCCAGUGUCAGAAAGCUGGAUCUCCGUCAGAGGCUGUGGCUCUUACAUGGGGGAGGCGACAGUGGUGCGGUGGGUAGAGCAGUCGUCUCCCAACCAGAAGGUUGAAAGUUCGAAUCUCGGUACCGGCAGUUCAUGUGUCGAAGCGUCCUAACCUAUCUUGGAAAGUGGGAGCUCUUCUAAAACUGAUUUUGGGAGGAUCUGGAAAGACUUUCCUGAGGGUGGGAUCACUCUGAGAAGUGAGGAGAGAGGUUGCCUGGAGGAAACAGGAGAUCAUUCUUCACAAGUCUUUCACGGACCGACACAAUCCUUUAUUGGAAAUCAGUUGGUUACUGGACACUUCAUAUGAAAGAUCAGAGGAACAAUGUCUCAUGUCUCUUAAAGCUCACUUGGUAAGGAAUUGUUUUUUUUUUCCAGUUUUAAUUGUAUGUUCAGAGACCACUAUCAUCCAGGACAUCAGAAACAGAAGUGCUAAAAGUAGCCAUGAUGGAAAAUGUACAAAAUUGUGAUAUGCAUUGAUAUAGUUAUAUUCCUCUUGUCACAGAAUGUGUUGUAUUUGUUAAUAGUGAGUUACUGCCCCCUGCUGGCAAAAGGGGCAACCACCUCCAAACAGCUAAAACUACCACUCAUUCCUGUCGGGCAGACCCUCAAGUGCAGUUCGAUAAGAGCUAAAAGUUGUAGUUUACUGUGCAGCACCAGUAUAGCAGGACAUUCCAGAGUCACACUACCCCUACCAGCCAAUAACUACUCUUCAGAAAAGAAUGUAAUAAACAGAAGUAAAGACAAGUAAAGUUUUAAUACGGUGCACAUCUGGUCCAUCACAUUGAAUUAAAGGAAUAAUUUGACAUUUGGUAAAUAAUCUUGCUUGCUUUCUUGCCAACAAUUAGACUGAUACCACUCUGUCUGGUAAAUAGAAGAAUGGGAAACAGCAGCUGCUUAGAUUAGCUUAGUAUAGAGACUGGACAGGGCGAACAGUUUGGCUCUGUCCAAAUGUAAAACAAGAAGUUGCUUUCACACUUAGGUUUUGUGUGAAUUUGUAUAAAGCAGGGGUUUCCAACUAAUUGUGGCUGAGGGACCACCAUUCUUGUUAUGAAGUAACUUGAGGACAACUGCUGUGAGACACACAGACCAGAUGGGCACGAUUUCCAUCCUGAAAGUUAGGCUUUUCUAAAUAUGAUAUAUUUGCAUGAAUGUGAUUAUUCACAAACAAUAAGUAACAUGGAAAUCUGUUUUUAAAAUAAAAAAAAAAAUUCUACAGCAAAACUACAUUAUUGAUUGCAUGGGCAGGGACUAUCUGCAAUGCCUUUGCAGACCACCAGGGGGCCAAGGACCACUGCUUGAAACCCCUGGUACAAAGAAAACCAGAUACUAUGUGUUAAGUAAUGUACUUUACAGGUUUGGGCCGGUGGACUUUGUUAGGUUUACCCAAAGACAAGCCAGCUGGCUCCCAGUCAUGAGUACCAUCUUGUCAUCUAACUGUUGGCAGGAAAGCAAACCAACUUAUUCCCCCAAACUAUUCUAUUCCUUUAGGUGACUUAAUACUACUUUCAGGGAUUUGGGUUAAUGUAUUAAAAUAGCCUUAAUGAGCAUACAGCAGAGUAUUUUAUACAUCAAUAAAAACAGUUGUAUUAAAAUAAGUUACAGUAAAGUUGUCAUAGUCUUAGCAGCCAUGAGUGUUGUACCCAAUCUAUCUAAAAUCAGCAGUUGAGGGGAGCCGACAGAUGUUGCUGUUACCUAAAUAAACCUGCCAGUCAUUCAGUUCUUUAUUAUUAACAUAGCUGAAUCCCUAAGGCAAUACUCAGCUGUACAGAUUUCAUAGGAAAUUUCAACUUAUUCUGGAAUGUAAAAAUGAAACCCAAAUGAUGCUAUAACUCAGUUUGUUAAAGUGAUGCAGACAUGAGUGGUUCUCUGGCACCUAUUUAACAGUUAACAGCCCUUAUCCAGCAGCUACUUUUUAGCUUUCUCUAUUACACAACUAUCUCCUCAUGAGGUCACUAGAUGAAAAUUGCAACUCUAGAUACAGAUGUCAGAAUUAAGUUGUGGAGUUGAACAAUAAGGAGGACCUGUACACCUCAUGGGUCAAAAGGAGGGUGGAGAGGAUCACUGCAGACGCCUCACACCCUGGACACAAC